UGAAUUAGAAUGUGCYAUGCUUUGUCAACAAGUGAAUUCAUGUAAAUCGGUUAAUUUUGAAAAAGCCAACGAACAAGAAAAGCCGAGGAGGUGUGAGCUUCUUUCUGUUGGUAAAAGAGAAAGAACCAACAUGWUAGAAGACAACUUGAAAUUUGAUCAUUUUGAGACUACGGACCCUUGUAACGUUUGUCAUAAUGGAGGUUCCUGCAUCAUCACUUCAACUACAUCAUUCAUUUGCRCAUGUCAAAACGGUUAUCAAGGUAUCAAUUGUGAAACAGAUAUCAAUGAAUGCACAGCAAAAACACACAAUUGUCAUCAAAAUGCAGUCUGUAUCAACACCAAAGGAUCUUUUAMCUGUCAAUGUUUACCAGGAUACUAUGGCAAUGGAUUAGACUGUACGUAYUAUCCAACAGCUAGUAAGUACAAAGCCAAUAAAGAUUAGUAGACUUCAARAGACUA